AUGGUAAUCGAAGCCUCUUUAUCGCGAGAUAUACACGACUUUAAGCACAAGGAGGCGCGUGUUUCGCUGAAAAUUGACAAUGGUGUUGUGAGGUCGUACAUUGAGGGGGUCACAGUUCCGGACGUCAACUUUUCAGCCUUUUUCGGCGAUGUUUUUACCAGGUUCAAAGAUGAGACUGCUCUGGUGGACGCCAAGACGGGCGCGCAGUACACAUUCGGCGAGCUGCACGACGCUGCCCUACGAGUGGCUGCCGGUCUGCGGCGACUAGGCCUGCGCACGGGCGACAUUAUCUGCUUCCACGCCGCCAACGGGGCCGACCUCGUGAUCGCUAUGUGUGGAGCUUUCUUCGCGGGCGGCACGGCCGCCAUGGCCAAGACUCAUCUCACAGAAAGGGAGAUCUAUUACCAGUUUCAAGACAGCCGUCCCAAGUUCGUCGUCACCGACCUAUACGACGCAGGGCGGGUGGUGAAGGCUUACGAACGAAUAACGUCAGUUCAGGCUGUCAUUGUUACGACGGGAUCUUACGAAGGGACACUGAGCCUCUCGGAACUGGUUAAAACCCCUCUCGAUAAUUAUGAGGCUCCUGUUGACGUCAGUCCAGAUACCACGAUGGCAAUAAUAUAUUCGAGCGGCUCUACCGGAUUACCGAAAGGUGUGCAACUCACACAGCGCAACGUUAUCGCCCAGGUGACGUCGUAUGGGUACCUGGAUGCAUCGAUAUUUCAAAAAGGCGACAUUCUGCUUGGUUCAGCAGCGCUCAUGCAUGUCGGCGGCUUUUGGCUCACCAUGUGUCAUCUCGGCCAUGGCUGUAAGGUCGUCUUGGUUCACAAGCCGGAUUUUAGUUUGAUUCUGCCUGCGAUAGAAAAGUACAAGGCGACAUCGAUUUUGCUGUACCCAACGUUUAUGCAAAAGUUAAACGCGUACCCGCUGCUAAGCCAGUCGGACACUAGGAGCCUUAAAAAAGUUAUGAUCGCUGGAAAUGUUGUGACCGGCAUGCUACUGCAAAGCAUAACCAGGAAGCUCCAACUGAAAGGAGUCAUACAGGCCUAUGGCAUGACUGAGUUGUCGGGAUGCAUUUCCUUUUCCAUACCACGACUAGAUGACUUCAAGAGCGUCGGAAAACCUGCCCCGUUCAUAGAAAUGAAAGUGGUAGAUACCCAUUCGAACAAGAAUCUUGGACCACUUGAAAAAGGGGAACUCUUCGUGAAGGGUCCCAACACUUUCAAGGGUUAUCUCGGUCGGCCAGAAGAAACGGCUCGCGUCUACAAAGACGGCUUCAUUCGCACAGGCGACACCGGUUUCUACACGCCAGACGGCCGUUUCUUCGUGUGCGGCCGGUUGAAGGAGCUCAUCAAGUGCAUGGACCAGCAGGUAGCUCCCGCCGAGCUCGAGGAGGUACUAGCUGCGGACACUGACGUGCGGCACGUGGUCGUGGCCGGUGUACCGCACCCAGAGUACGGUGAGGCCGCGCGCGCCUUCGUCGUGCUCGAGCGCUACCUGGGGGACGACAAGGAGGAAAGCAAAAUCGCUGCCAGACUUCGUGCUCUCGUUGCCGACCAGCUCUCUUUCCACAAGCACUUGCAUGGCGGUGUCGAGUUCUUGGAGAGCAUUCCGCACACGGACUCCGGCAAAGAUUUACGCAGCGCGCUGCAGCAGUCAUACGCACAGAAGCGGGUGCUCAAAAACAUCCAAGCGCACUAAAAUCAAUAGACACACCAGUGGUGCCUUACCGAA